AUGAACCAUGUGGCCAUCGCAGAACAGAGGAAGCCACCAUCAACUGUUCAAAAUGCUGCUGCUACCACGAUCCAAUCCGCGUAUCGGUCUCAUUUGGCAAGGAAAGCAUUGCAUGCUUUAAGAGCAUUGGUUAAGAUACAAGCACUGGUGAGAGGCCAUCUUGUGAGAAAACAAACAGCUGCUACCCUAAAGAGCCUGCAAGCUUUGAUGGCAAUCCAAGUUCGAGCUCGGGCAAGUCGGAUCCAGCUGCUCGAGGAGGAUGAAGAGCUUCUUGAAAGGAGGCGUCAUAAGCAUCUCAUUAACACCAAUCUCGAACAAGAAUACAAAGAGAGACUAAACGUGAAUCUCAACGAAAAAUUGAAACCAUAUAAGAGCAAGAGUGGCCAUAUAAGUCGUUCUCAAAUUGAACAGAUAGAGAAUGAACAUGAUGCUUAUUGGAGACGAAAUGUUUCGGUUUCUAGGAGGCAACUUCAAUACAAAAAUCAAUCCUCCUCUAUGGAAUCAGACACUCCUGAGUACUAUAUUUUGGUGUCCAAACCAACAGCUGAAACAACCUUAUAUUCCAUGGAUCAACCAAGACAUUCAGAUUUUGUGCCAGAUGACUAUCUCUUAUAUCCAAAUUAUAUGGCCAAGACGGAAUCCUCAAAGGCAAAAGUCCGAUCGCAAAGUGAACCCAAACAAAGACCCUAUUCGAACGCACGAAUGAAGAGCAAGCAAAUAAGAACAGCUGAAAGAAUCGAUCUAAAUGAUCAAAUCCAAAACUCUUUACAAAGCCUGAAGCACAAUGGUUAUGAAAAUCACAACCCUUGGUUCAUGAAGCUUUAUCAGUUUAAAAAAACAUCCAAGAACCAAGAUGGCGAUUCUACAAGCAGCAAAUUUAGUUAUCCCAAUGACUGA